AUUAUGCAUCCCCCGCUUGAAGAAGUGCGUCAUGCACCUAUUAAUUCCGCAACGACAGUUCUAACGCCGUUCUUGCUGGUGAUGAGUUCGGAGUUUGAAACUUGAUCCAAGUUUUCACCAUCCAGCACAUCAAACUGUUUUGGCUUUCUGUAAGUAACCACCCGUCGUCGUGAUCGCCUGGCCUGUUUCCCGUUCCGUUUGCUGUUCCAACUACCGCAACUAGUCUCAUAGCCACUCCGGAUCAAGUUAUCAACAGACUGUUUCUAAUAAACUUUCCGCUGCGGGUCCGGAAACAUGGGACCUAUAAACAGUCAAGCGAGGGGAUUAGUUUAUCGGUGUCGGUUUAAGUUCAAGCUAGGAAAUCUUAGGUGGCAUCAAACAUUGUCCCCUAAGAUACCUUAUAAUAACCCACCUGCUCCUCUUACUUUGUCUUCUUCUCCUUACCUUUCCUCAUCAUCCAAAUCAUUACAACUUCCACCCAAAACUCGAAAUUUGACAAGCAAAAUAGAGACUGUUACUAUCCAGCCAGUUCCUGUUGCGGGCGCCAAUGACGUACCUAGUCAUGUAGCUCCGUUGCCCUCUCAACUGACAGACGUGGCAAGCAUGGCGGGCAUGGCGGACAUUGCGCUCCUGGACAGCAGCGUUCAGGCGCCCUUCGACUCUAUCCGCCAGCUUUUUGACCAUCUCCGGGCCAAUCCGGAAGCAGCCGACGCUCUCAACGCCAGCUACCCGACCCGCGGCGUGUUCAAGAACGCCGCCCUGAAGAACGGCUCUUCGGACCAGAAGCUCACCAUCGACAUCUCGCCGCAGCGCCUAGCCUGCAUCCCCACGGAGCUGCAGGCGUCCCUAUCCCUCUGCGGUUUCGGCGAGGUCAUCAAGUUCUUCUCGGAGCUGACGACCACGCACCUGGACAACAUGCUGUCGAUGCUGGGCGCGGCCGCCGGUGGCGUGGACUUGUUCCCGCUCCACCGGAGCCGCAACAUCAACUUCCGCCUCUGCGACUACACGCCGGCCACGGCGGCGCCGGAGAGCGAGAACGGGUGCGGGGCGCACCGCGACUACGGCACCUUCAGCAUCAUCUUCCAGGACGGCACCGCGGGGCUCGAGAUCGAGAGCCCGGCCCAGCCCGGAACGUGGCUGCCCGUGCCGGCCGACAAGGUCGUCGUGCUGUGCGGCUGGUGCGCGUUUAUCGUCAGCGGCGGCGAGCUGCGGGCCGUCCGGCACAGGGUCCGUCGACAGCCCGGCGUUAGGCGGCUCAGCGCCGUGUUGUUCGUGGCGCCGGAUCUGGACGUGGCUCUGAAGCCGAUCACGCCGGAAGGCAGCGAGGUUGUUCGGUUCUCGUCCGAGAUCAUGGAUGGGAAGAUCGAUGUGCGCUGGUUCAAGGAGUGUAUGGGAAAGAGAUGGCGGUACCGCGAGGGCAACGCCCAUCUUGAGGACGGCGAGAAGAUUACGCAGGAUGAGGAUAUUGAGCGGUUGAUUCUGGGUUAGUUUGGCGAGUGGGAAUAAGUCAAGGACUAGGCGGGUAAGGCGUCGCAUGGAAGGUAUGAGGUCACGAUCAUUGUAACUUUGGUAGCUUUGUUAAAAUGAGAAUCACUUUGACGUUUUGGU